UCGGUGUGGCGUAGGCUACAUACUAUUUCCAGCAUGAAAAGGGGCCAUCCAGUCAGACCAGAGUCCUCCAAAACCAGUGACGAAUCAAAAGAUGACUCUGUUUUCAAAGAAGAGGCCCAUUUGCCUAAAAAGAGGGUCGUGCAGGAGGAACCAGCACCCAGCAUCAUCUCUUUUAAGAGUCACCAGUCAAAAGAUGACAUCAUUAAUUUCAAAGAGCUCCUGACCUCUAAUCAGAGGGUCGUGCAGGAGGAACCAGCACCCAGUAUCAUCUCUUAUAAGAGUGACCAGUCAAAAGAUGACAUUAUUAAUUUCAAAGAGCUCCCUUCCUCUGAGCUGAGAGUCCACCAAGAGAGCUCACAGGUUCCCACUGGCCCACCUGCCCAGGAACAACAAAUGGACUCUGUAUUUGCGAUGCUUAAGGAGAAGCUUGGCACUUUUAUGGACAGUGAGCUAAACACAUACCAGAACAUUCUGAAUCAAGUUGAUUCAGAAUGCUUAGAGAGGCCGAAGCAGGGUGAGGAGCUGGUGGACCCUGAGCAGGAGGAGCAGAGGAGACGCAACAGAGAAGCUUUUCUGAAACUCACAGUGCACUUCCUGAGGACAAUGGAGCAGCAGGAGUUGGCUGACUGCCUGCAGAAAAAAACACUUCCAGCCAUCUGCCAAAAUAAACUCAAAUACAAUCUGAGGAAGAAGUUUCAGUGCUUGUUUGAAGGAGUUGCUAAGCCAAGAAAACCAACACUUCUGAAUGAAAUGUACACGGAGCUGUACAUCAUAGAGGGAGGGAGUGAAGAGGUCAAUGAUGAACAUGAGGUCAGACAGAUUGAAAUGGCAUCCAGGAAAACUGCAAGACCAGAAACACUGAUCAAAUGUGAAGACAUUUUUAAACACAUACCUGGAAGGCAGCAGUCAGUCAGAACACUGAUGACCAAUGGAGUUGCUGGUAUUGGCAAAACAGUCUUAACACAGAAGUUCACUCUGGACUGGGCUGAACACAGAGCCAACCAGCACAUACAGUUCACAUUUCCAUUCACUUUUCGAGAGCUGAACUUGCUGAAAGGAAGAAAAAUCAGCUUGGUGGAACUUGUUCAUCACUUCUUCAUUGAGACCAAAGAAGCAGGAAUCUUUAACUUUGACCAGUUUAAGGUCGUAUUCAUCUUUGACGGUCUGGAUGAGUGUCGACUUCCUCUUGACUUCAAAAACAAUGAGAUCCUGACUGAUGUUACAGUGUCAACCUCAGUCGACGUGCUUCUGACAAACCUCAUCACGGGGAAACUGCUACCCUCUGCUCACCUCUGGAUAACCACACGACCCGCAGCAUCCAAUCAGAUCCCUCGUGAGUGUGUUGACAUGGUGACAGAGGUGAGGGGCUUCACUGAUGAGCAAAAGAAGGAAUACUUCAGGAAGAGAUUCAGAGAUGGGGAGCAGGCCAGCAGAAUCAUUUCCCAUGUCAAGACAUCACGAAGCCUCCACAUCAUGUGCCACAUCCCAGUCUUCUGCUGGAUCACUGCGGCAGUCCUGGAACAUGAGUUGGCAAUGGAUGUGGGAGAAGACCUGCCCAAGACCUUGACUCAGAUGUACAUUCACUUUCUGGCAGUUCAGUCCAAACAGCAGAACAUCAAGUAUCACGGAAGAGUUGAGUCAGAUCCAGUCUGGACUCCAAAGACCAUGGAGGUGAUCCUGUCUCUGGGAAAACUGGCUUUUGAGCAGCUGGAAAAAGGCAACCUGAUUUUCUAUGAAGGUGACCUGAGAGAAUGCGGCAUUGAUAUCGAAGCAGCAUCAGUGUACUCUGGAAUGUUCACACAGAUCUUUGAAGAGGAGUGUGGGCUGUACAACGAAAGAGUUUUCUGCUUUGUCCACCUGAGCAUUCAGGAGUUUCUGGCUGCCAUUCAUGUCUUUCUGUCCUUCAUCAACAGUGGUGAUAAUCUUCUGAGUCUCCCUGCUGUGAAAACUGGCCAGGAACCCAAACUAAAAGAGCUCUAUCAGAGUGCCAUAGACAAGGCCUUGCAGAGCCCAAAUGGUCAUUUGGACUUGUUCCUCCGCUUCCUCCUGGGUCUUUCAUUAGAGACCAAUCAGACUGUUCUACGAGGUCUGCUGACACAGACAAGAAGUAGCUCUCAGACCAUUCAGGAAACAGUUGAACUCAUCAAGGAGAAGAUCAGGAUGAAUCUCGCACCAGAAAGAAGCAUCAAUCUGUUCUACUGUCUGAAUGAGCUGAAUGACCAUUCUCUGGUGGAGGAGAUCCAACAGUACCUGAGAUCAGGACGUCGCUCCACAGACAAACUCACUGCUGCUCAGUGGUCAGCUGUGGUCUUCAUGUUACUGUCAUCAGAGAAAGAGCUAGAAAUGUUUGAUGUGAAGAAAUACACUGCUUCAGAGGAGGGUCUUCUGAAGUUGCUGCCAGUGGUCAAAGCCUCCAAUAAAUCUGUGCUCAGUGGCUUUAAGCUGUCGGAGAGAAGCUGUGAAGCUCUGGCCAAAGUUCUCAGCUUCAAGUCAUCUAGUCUGCAAGAGCUGGACCUGAGCAACAACAAUCUGCUGGAUUCAGGAGUGGAGAAGCUCUGUGAUGGACUGAAGAGUAGACAUUGUAGGCUGCACACUCUCAGGCUGAGUGUGUGUAAGCUGUCGGAGAGAAGCUGUGAAGCUCUGGCCAAAGUUCUCAGCUCUAAGAUGUCUAGUCUGAAAGAGCUGGACCUGAGCAACAACGACCUGCAGGAUUCGGGAGUGGAGAAGCUCUGUGAUGGACUGAAGAGUGGACAUUGUGGGCUGCACACUCUCAGGCUGUCGGGCUGCCUGGUCACAGAAAAGGGCUGUGACUGUCUGUCCUCAGCUCUGAGCUCCAACCCUUCCUGUCUGAAAGAGCUGGACCUGAGCUACAAUCAUCCAGAGGACUCAGGAGCCAAGCUGCGCUCUGACCUGAAGGAUCUACGCUGCAGCAUGGAGCCUGGCGGUGCGCAGUGGUUGAAGUCGGGUCUGAGGAAGUAUGCCUGUGAACUCACGCUGGACCCAAAAACAGCACACAGAAACCUGUCCCUGUCCGAAGACAACAGGAAGGUGACAGUGGUGAAAGAGAGGCGUUUAUGUUCUGGUCAGCCAGAGAGGUUUGAGUACUGGAAACAGCUGCUGUGUGGAGACAGUCUGACUGGGCGCUGUUACUGGGAGGUGCAGAGGCAGGGAGGGGUUCACAUAGGAGCGGCGUACAGCGGAAUCAGAAGGAAAACAGAGGACGCCGAGGGCGCUCUCGGAAGCAAUGACAAGUCCUGGAGUCUGUACUGCUCUGAUGAGAGCUUCACUGCCUGGCACAAGAAGACAACAACAGACAUACGUGUCCCUCCCUUCUUUGACACCAGCCGAGUGGCAGUCUAUCUGGACUGGCCUGCUGGCACGCUGUCCUUCUACAUUGUCUCCCCUGACACACUGAUCCACCUCCACACCUUCCGCUCCGAAUUCACUGAGCCUCUCUAUCCUGCGUUUGGGUUCGGCUUGGCGGCGGGCUACUCGGUGUCUCUGUGUCAGCUGGAGGAGUGAGAGUCAUGUCGUUUGCUGGGAGAAACACUCACCAUGCAGCUCAAAGACGGCUGCUGGAAUGCCUUUGUAGGUUUUCAGCUUUUCUUUUUGUCACAGUAAUAGAGGUGUUCAUUC